GAUGCUCUGCUCUGUUGACAUGAAAAAGCUAAAGACAAAUACAGAGUAGAAAGAAGGGGAGAAAAAAAAAACCUGAGACAGAGAAAGAGCGGAGAAUUGCUUUGCACCCAAAAGUUCAAAGGAGGAAAAUAAAAAGAAAAAGAAAAAGAAAGAUUUCUGUUGUUUCUGGGAGUUGAGGCAUUUUGGCCAUCAACAUCAUCAUUGUCUCUUUGUACAGCUUUUACUUGCAAAGCUUUUCUUUCUCCCACAGUUUUAUCUUCCAAUUCACUCUCACUUUCAAUUCUUGUCUUUGUACUAUCUGGGAUUUAUUUUAAAAGUUUUAAAAAGGCAGUGGAUAAACUUGAAAAGAUUGAAACUUUGGGUUUCUGAUCUCUCUUGUUGCUUUGUUUUCUCAUCUGGUUGUUUGGGUUGCUUAUUUUUAUCGAUGACUAUGGAGGAGAAACUGGGUGGUUCCAAUGGUGAAGAUGGUGGCAGGGACAGGUUUCCAAUUGGUAUGCGUGUUUUAGCAGUUGAUGAUGAUCCUAUUUGUCUCAAAGUUUUGGAAAAUCUCCUUCGUAAAUGCCAAUAUCAUGUUACCACAACCAAUCAGGCAAUUACGGCCCUCAAAAUGUUGAGGGAAAACAGGAACAGAUAUGACUUGGUUAUUAGUGAUGUUAAUAUGCCAGAUAUGGAUGGCUUUAAGCUUCUUGAACUUGUGGGGCUUGAAAUGGACCUACCUGUAAUUAUGUUGUCAGCUCAUAGUGAUACCAAGCUUGUAAUGAAGGGGAUUACUCAUGGUGCUUGUGACUACUUAUUGAAGCCGGUUCGCAUUGAGGAGCUAAAAAACAUAUGGCAACACGUUGUGAGAAAAAAGAAACCUGACUCUAAGGAUCAAAUUAAUGCAUCAAAUCAAGAUAAAUCUCGGGGAGGAACCGGAGAAACUGGUCCAACAUCUAGCAGUUCUGACCAAAAGGUCAGUAAGAAGCGGAAGGACCAAAGUGAAGAUGAGGAUGAAGAGGGUGACGAUAAUGGACAUGAGGACCCUUCAACCCAAAAGAAGCCUCGAGUUGUUUGGUCUGUAGAGCUGCAUAGGAAGUUUGUUUCCGCUGUCAACCAGUUGGGUCUUGAGACAGAGGCUGUUCCGAAGAAAAUUCUUGACCUCAUGAAUGUCGAUGGCCUUACAAGGGAAAAUGUAGCAAGCCAUCUACAGAAAUAUAGGCUUUACCUAAAAAGACUCAGCAGUGUUGCAACUCAACAAGCUAACAUGGUUGCUGCAUUAGGAAGUAAAGAUCCGUCUUACUUGCGCAUGGGUUCACUGGACGGCUUUGGAGAUUUUCGCACAUUGACUGGACCUGGAAGGAUUUCAAGUGCUUCUCUGUCAUCUUAUCAACCAGGUGGAUUGUUUGGGAGACUGAACUCCUCAUCUGCUUUAAGCCUACGUGGGAUUUCUUCUGGUGUGAUUCAGUCGGGACAUUCUCAAACAUUGAACAAUCCGAUCAAUGGUUUUGGAAAGAUCCAGCCAGCCGUGGUACCUGCAAACCAGAAUCAAAAUGGAACUUUGUUUCAAGGGAUCCCGACAUCAAUCAAUCAACUGUCGCAGAACAAGCCCACCAACCACUUUGGAGAAUUUAAUCGCGGUAAUGAUCCAAAUGCUUUUGGUGUUGCUACGAACUUCCAAGAUGCGAGAGUGACGGUUGGUGGCUCGAGUAAUACUCUACCUGUUUCCUCGGGCAACCCUUUGUUGUUACAAUCAAACACACAACAGACACAACAUAGUGGUGCAUUUGGAAAUCAACCAUCAUCCCUUGGUGUGACAUCACUGAAUCAGGAACCAUUUGACAUGAACGUUCGCGGUUCUUCUAAUUUUCUUGAUCAUGGUAGAUGCAGCGAAAAUUGGCAAAGCGCGGUUCAAUUAUCGAGUUUUCCUUCAAAUGCAUUGUCAGCAAGUGAAACUUUCAGUCAUGAGCAAUUGCCGAGUAAUAAUUUGCAAGAAAGUAUUUCUUGGACAAGCUCUCACCUUAGUAGCAGCCCUCUUGAUCUUUCUUCUUCCAUGGCAAAUCCAGCAAAUUUGGAGGACUCUAGAGGAAACAUCUCCCAAGUCGGUCUAAAUAAUAAUGUCAUUCAGAAUAUUGAUUGCACAACAAAGCAACAAUGGGGAGAUAGCAGACAUGAUUACAACGGCAAUAUGAAUAAUUCAUUCAGCCGAGGAGACUCCCUGGUCCCUGCAAGUGGACCUAUGAUGGACCAAAGCAAUGUCAUCAGUGAUAAAAUGAAUGAUGUUUCUUUGUUCAGCCAAUUUAGUGGUGACAGUACUUAUGUUGUUCCACACCUUGAUGGUGAGAAAUCAGCUUUCGGCACAAAAUCGAGAUCCAAUGACGACUUCCUAUUUGAGACAAAGCCACAAAACGGCUUCAAUCAAAAUAGUUUUGAACCUUUGGAGAAUAUAAUGAUGUCCAUGAUCAAAUCGGAUCAAAAUAAUGAGACCCCAUUGAUGGAUGGGGAAUUCGGAUUCGACGCGUACUCCCUUGGAUCUUGUAUAUGAAACGGUUGAUGCUGAUUCUGAGAUAAAAGACGGUACAAAGGCAUAAGCCUACUCUUUUUAUGGGAAUCUCUGUUGCUUCAUUUAAUAUAUUGAAAUUGAUGGCAACAUUCUCCUUUUUCCAAUUUCUUUCUUUCUUUCAUGUCCUUUCGAACACAUUGAUUGAAUUGUAGUUUGAGAAAUUUAUAGUUUCUCCUAGUUUUAGUUUCA